UCUUGACAUCAUGUAAUUUACAUUCCACUUUCCAAGAUUUCCUUUUCUUCUAGCUAGUGCAUCUUUGGUAGUCCUGAUAAUGGAGAAGUUCAAGUUCUUUGCUGUGGCUUUCCCUAUCCUCGUAGUACUACUUCUUGGAAAAGCACUGCCCUGCUCAUCAGUCACUUGUGAUCCCACAAAGCUGAGCUCAUGCUUGGCUGCAAUUCAAGGCUCAUCACCACCUAGCCAUGCUUGUUGUUCUGGGCUUAAAGUCCAACGAUCUUGCUUCUGCCUCUACAUGAAAAACCCCACUCUCAGAAUGAUGAUCAUGUCACCAAAAUCACGGAAAAUUGCUUCCUACUGCAGGGUCCCCUUCCCCAGGUGUUAAAUCAGAUACUGACAGUACAUAUGUACUCUCUCUCUCUCUCUAUAUAUAUAUAUAUAUAUAUACAUAUAUAUAUAUAUACAUAUGUAUGGUGCAAGUGACCGAAGUACUUGAAGUUCUAAUAAAUGAAAUCUGAUUAAGUUA